AUGCCACGCCCUGGCCGCAAAUGCUUCGCCGGCUUCAUUGCACUCGCUUUGGGCUAUGUCGCUAUCAAUGGGCUUGUCGAGCACAUCACGAAGCACUCCAACCCGUCCGAGAAGCUAGAGGAGGCGGAGUUCAUCGCAAGCAACAAGCAGUUAUGUCGCUGGAUCGGUGCCUGCGGAACCUUCCACUUGAACAGCAACGGCUGGACGUGGAACAGCGAGGACGAUGACGUUCCUCCUAACAUCCCGGACUUCAGCCACUUUUGGGAUACCGAUGAAGAUCCAGACUCGUGGUCAGAUGAAGAGAAGGAGAAGCGGGAGAUACCGCAAUACGUCUACGACCAUGCGCCGUAUGUUCAUUUGUUCUCCGAUGAACACUUCUGGCCGUGCGAUCUUGCCGAACAUCUAGCGCAUGUUGCGCCACGCAUGAAUUAUACAGAUAUCCCGCAUUGGAACCGUGGACACGGCCUUAACCUUACGAAUUUGAAAGACUUGAACGAUUAUGAAGGAGGAAUUCACGGCAGGUUCGUUUACUUACAGAGUGAAGACAACGUCGAAGAACGCCCGGAGUGGCUCGGCGGAGCGCAACACAUACCUAAGCUGCCCGAUCUUCGCUUCAACAACGACGAUGAUGACGCGCAAUGGCCCGAACCAGAAGACGAAUACGAUCAUGGUCAUGCAGCAAAGCAGCAAGCGGCUAUUCAUUCAGAGUAUCAGGACGAUGAGGCAAAGCAAGCCGACUUCAGCUUUUGGCCGACCGCACCCACACCUAGUGAGAAUGGUAGGUGCGGAGGCAACACUGGCUUCACUUGCAAGGGCAGCAGGUUUGGCAAAUGCUGCUCCAUCUACGGCUGGUGUGGCAGAGGUGAGGAACACUGCGGCCAAGCGUGCAACAUCAUGGCUGGAGCUUGCAACGAUCCAUUCGAACCCAUUCCGAAGCCGCGGUCUGACCUUAAAAGACGUAACAUACAACAGCAGUCCGAGAAGUAUCGACCGGAUCAAGCUGGUCGUUCCUCAGCUCCAGCCUUUCUGAUAGUUGUGCCGAAGAAGGAUGGCGUCGUGGACGCUUUCUGGUUCUUCUUCUACUCCUUUAACCUUGGCCAGAAAGUCUUCAACAUCCGCUUCGGUAACCAUGUUGGAGAUUGGGAGCACACCAUGAUCCGCUUCAAGCAUGGCAAGCCGACCGCAGUCUUCAUGUCCGAGCACGACUUCGGCAGUGCCUACCGCUGGCACGCGCUGGAGAAGUACACUGUCAAUCCUGAUGGUAGCGGAACCAUGAUCGGCACUUGGAGCAACAACACCGCUGCCAAAGUCGCACAGCGUCCCGUUGUCUACUCUGCUGUCGGCACGCACGCAAUGUACCCUACUCCUGGCCUGCAUCCGUACAUUCUGCCCUACGGUCUUUUGCACGAUCAAACUGAUCGCGGACCUCUGUGGGACCCGACGUUGAAUCUGAACUCAUACACCUGGGACAUGGAGGAGAAGAAAGUCCGCGCCGCUACCAGCAACCCCAAGCUCGCUACCAGAUGGUUCGACUUCGCCGGCCACUGGGGCGACAAGUAUUACCCUCUCUCCGACCCACGGCAGUAUCGCUUCGCCGGUCAAUAUCACUACGUCAACGGUCCGACUGGUCCCAGGUUCAAGAACCUUGCUCGAGAGAGCGUAUGUCUGACCAAGAAAUGCCAUGUCCGGUACUGGGUCGGCGACAGCAGGAUCAAGCACCUCCCGCUGGAGGAAGGGGAGGAGGAAGGUGGUUUGCCGGGCGGCAACUCGACGGAUGGCGAACAUUGA